AUGACUCGGCGUUCUGACGGACACUGACCGGAGCUCAUCUACAACGACUCAGCGACUCUGAACACACGUCUGCUCUUUUCACCUGCUCAGCCCCGCCCUCAAAGACAGACACGCCAAUCACAGCACAGGAUGACGGCAGCUGAUUGGUUGUUGGUGGCGGCGUUUCUGCCACUCGUCUCCGUCACCGUCCAUCAGGACAUCUGCAGCGUCAAACCCAGAGAACUCGCUCUGGAGCCGCGCUGCGUCUACCGCAGCCCCGAGCCCGAAGAACUCACCCCUGAUCCCACCUCUGACCCGGUCCCCGAGUCCACCAACCCCCGGGUGUGGGAGCUGUCCAAGGCCAACGGCCGCUUCGCGCUGUCGCUCUACAAACAGCUGGUCCGCAGUAAAGACCCAGAGUCCAACAUCUUCAUGUCCCCGAUCAGCGUGUCCACAGCCUUCGCUAUGACCAAACUGGGAGCCUGUAACGAGACGCUGAGGCAAAUCAUGGAGGUGUUUGAGUUUGACACCAUCAAAGAAAAGACAUCAGAUCAGGUUCACUUCUUCUUCGCCAAACUCAACUGUCGUUUGUACAGGAAGAAGGACGCGUCCACCGAGCUCGUGUCCGCUAACAGACUGUUCGGAGACACAUCUCUGGUCUUUAAUGAGACGUAUCAGAACAUCAGUGAGACAGUUUACGGAGCCAAACUGCUUCCUCUCAACUUCAAGGAAAACCCGGAUCAGGCACGGACAACCAUCAACAAGUGGAUCGCCAGCAAGACCAAGAACCACAUCCAGGACACGCUGCCACAGGGGGCGGUGACGUCCAACACGGUCCUUGUCCUCGUCAACACCAUCUACUUCAAGGGUCAAUGGCAGAACAAGUUUGACAAAAGUGACGUGUACACAACAGAUUUCCACGUCAGUGCGAGUCGCAGCUGCUCCGUGGACAUGAUGUUCCAGGAGAAAGAGUUCAGGUACAGUUUCUUCCCUGAAGACCACGUCCAGGUGCUGGAGAUGCCGUACCGUGGAGACGACAUCACCAUGGUCCUCAUUCUGCCCACUAAAGACACUGCACUCAGUCAGGUGGAGGACAGUCUGGACCUGACCAAAGUGAAGAACUGGUUGAGGGACAUUAGGAAGACUUCAGUAUCCGUCCAUGUCCCUCGAUUUAAGGUGGAGGACAGUUUCACUCUGAAGGAGACGUUGAAAGAAAUGGGACUGACUAACCUGUUUGACCCAAACAUGGCCAGUCUUCCAGGAAUGCUGGAGGACGGCAGUGAUGGACUCUACAUCUCAGACGCCUACCACAAAGCUUUUCUGGAGGUGAACGAGGAGGGCUCUGAGGCGGCAGCUUCCACAGUGGUGAUGGUUGCUGGACGGUCCUUUAAUCCUCACCGUGAGAUUUUUCUGGCCGAUCGUCCGUUUCUGCUUUUAAUCAGAGAGUCGACCAUUAACACGCUGCUGUUUGCCGGUCGAGUGUCUAACCCCUGCAGCCAAUGACAGGACGACCCCCGACCCCUGCAGCCAACGACAAGACGACCCUGACCCCUGCAGCCAACGACAAGACGACCCUGACCCCUGCAGCCAACGACAGGAGGACCCUUGCAACCAACGACAAGAUGACUCUGACCCCUGCAGCCAACGACAGGAUGACCCCCGACCCCUGCAGCCAACGACAAGACGACCCUGACCCCUGCAGCCAACGACAGGAUGACCCCCGACCCCUGCAGCCAACGACAAGACGACCCUGACCCCUGCAGCCAACGACAAGACGACCCUGACCCCUGCAGCCAACGACAGGAGGACCCUUGCAACCAACGACAAGAUGACUCUGACCCCUGCAGCCAACGACAGGAUGACCCCGACCCCUGCAGCCAACGACAAGACGACCCUGACCCCUGCAGCCAACGACAGGAUGACCCCCGACCCCUGCAGCCAACGACAGGAUGACCCCGACCCCUGCAGCCAACGACAAGACGACCCUGACCCCUGCAGCCAACGACAGGAUGACCCCCGACCCCUGCAGCCAACGACAAGACGACCCUGACCCCUGCAGCUAACGACAAGACGACCCUGACCCCUGCAGCCAACGUCAGGAAGACCUCCGAUCCCUGCAGCCAACGACAGGACGACCCCUGCAGCCAACGACAGGACGACCCCCGACCCCUGCAGCCAACGACAAGACGACCCUGAACCCUGCAGCCAACGACAGGACGACCCCCGACCCCUGCAGCCAACGACAAGACGACCCUGAACCCUGCAGCCAACGACAGGACGACCCCUGCAGCCAACGACAAGAUGACCCUGACCCCUGCAGCCAACAACAGGAUGACCCCCAACCCCUGCAGCCAACGACAGGACGACCCCCGAUCCCUGCAGCCAACGACAGGACGACCCCGACCCCUGCAGCCAACGACAGGACGACCCCCGACUCCUGCAGCCAACGGCAAGACGACCCUGACCCCUGCAGCCAACGACAAGACGACCCUGACCCCUGCAGCCAACGACAGGACGACCCCGACCCCUGCAGCCAGCGACAGGACGACCCCCGGCCCCUGCAGCCAAUGACAAGACGAUCCUGACCCCAGCAGUCAAUGAAAACUGUCUGCUGCUUCAGUUUGAUAUUUUUCUGUUUUAAAUGUAAAUAUCUUUCUACAACAGAAUAAAAUUUCUUCUCUAACAAUGAAAA